AUGAGAGGUUCAUUCGGGCAACCCUCCAACCACUCGGCGGCGGUCCUCGGACGCAGACGUGCCUCCAUCGAGGCCCUUGCGAACUCGUCCUGGGACGAUGAGGCUCUCCCAAGGAGUGACCUCGCGAAACUCAAGGAACGCAAGGAGGCGGAGGACCUAAAAGCAAAAAAGGAGGAGAAAAAGGAAGAGGAAACAAGCCGCCGACAGCUACCUAUCCCCAAGGACCUCGCCAAAUGCCUUGCCGACCUGACCCUUGGCAUCGGCCGGCUGCAGGCUGAGUUGGAAGAGGCCCGGAAGCAGAGCAAAGAGAAGGAGGAGCGGCCGCUUCCUCCCGCAGGGCCCCCGCCGGGCCUGGCCAACGAAAUGCAAGGCCGGCAUCCGGGCAAGUUGGUGCUGGAGGAGCAGUGGCAAGCCAGCCCCACGAGCACGGAGAUUGGUCUCCCCGGAUCCCUGGAGUCGGCUUUCGAGUCGGAGUUCGGCGGCAGCAAGGAGGAGUCACCCAACCACGAAGAGAACACGGGCAGCUCCUCGCCAGAUGCCGGCUCGGUGCUGAAGAAACUAGGUCAGGAGAGGAAGAUGAGGCGCGUAGGAACUCAGGAGUUGAAGGACGAGUUCGGGACCGGGCGAGGGAACGUGGCUGCCGAGCUCCACUUCGAGCACUUGGAAAGCAAGCAUGACACUCGCGACUUCCAGUCGCUUUCAUGCGACAAGAUCAACCAGCUGAAGUCCGAUCCUCAUGGGCUGGAGGAGUAUGAAAAAUCCCAGUUCAAGGAUGCUAUCAGGCAGCUGUUUGAAGUCGAUCCUUCUGACACCCUCUUGCGGCGCUUUGUGAACGGAGUCUUCUUCAAGGCGAUGUGCAUGAUCGCGAUUGGAACAAACACCUGUUACCUAGGGAUAGCAGCGGACUGGAAUGUCCGAAACAGCUUCAAGCCCAUCGAUUGCGCAGCUCAUGGUUUGGUUUGCGGCAAGGACCCAGAGGCUACCUACAUAGAUAUCGUAUUCGCCGCGUGGUUUGGCACCGAAAUCCUCCUCCGGAUCCUUGUGGACGGCUGCCGCUUCUUUACCAACGACGAGAAGUACUGGAACAUUUUCGAUUUCCUCCUCGUGGCCGAGUCCUUGGCGAGCCUCACGUUAAACACCGGGAAUUUGAGUCUACUCCGGAUCUUUCGAGUGUUCCGUUUGAUCCGAAUUGUCAGACUGGUCCGGACUGUCAAAGCGUUACGCCGGUUGCGGACGAUGAUCUUCUCCAUCUUGAACUCUUUCGUCGAUCUCCUUUGGGCGAUCGUGGUGGUGAUUUUGAUUAUCUACAUCUUUAGCAUCAUUUUCAGCAACGCCGUCGCGUUGUACUUCGACGAGGUGCACAUGGGCCUGGACGAUUUAGACAACGGCAACAAGACGCUGGUCAUACAACAGGCAACAGACGUGAACAUGGAAUUCGGCGACCUCUACAGUUCCAUACUCGCUCUCUGGUCAGCUGUGAGUGGCGGAAAUGACUGGAUGAUGUAUGGUUCUCUGCUGAGAGGCAUAAGCCACGGCGAGCUUUACUUCGUCAUCUUCAACUUCUACAUCGCGUUCUGCGUGAUUGGAAUGUUCAAUGUGGUCACAGGUGUCUUCGUGGACAGCGCCGUUUGUUGCAGGACAGAAGACGAGGUGGUUCAAGGUUACAUCGAUGACCUGAGGAAUACGACCCGAGAGAUCAAGUCCUUCUUCCAGACUGCCGACACCGAUCGGUCCGGGACGCUGACAUACGAGGAGUUCAAGAAGCAGCUGGACGACCCUCUCGUCAAGGCAUACUUCUCUGGGCUGGACAUUGACCCAUCGGAGGCCUCGAUCAUCUUUGCGAUCUUGGACGCAGACAAGAGCGAUGAGCUCAAGAUUGAUGAGUUUGUGAACGGCACCAUGAAGCUGAAAGGAGCUGCCACGAAGUUGGAUGUCAUGACAAUGAUGUUCGACAACACCAAGCAAACCAUCAAGUUCAACAACCUGUGCGAGUUUGUGGAGCAGGAGUUCACAGACAUCAGGAAAGGGCUGCUCCUGCUCGCGAGGAACGUCCAAGAAGUCCGGACCGAGGCCGCAGCUGCUAUCGAGCUGUCCGCAGCUUCCGCGGCCUCGCCGCCGGCGUCGCCGUCGGCUGCGUCCCCUGCGCCCCCGGAAACCACGGCACCAUCGCUGCUCCAUGAGGAGGAUGGCGAGUCCAGGAGGCCGCGCUCAGGCCAUCCAAGCCGCCGGAAACCGAGCAGCGUCCACCGAGUCCCGAGCUCGGCCAUCCGCGUGAGACCCCGCUCCUGCACGCCGGAUUCGAGGGCGGAGGGCGAGGACCGCAGCCCAUCGCCAGAGAGGAGGCCAGAGAGGAACCUUGUCAGGGUCAGUGGGCAUGAGCCGUUUUAG